AUGAGAUCUAUGAGAUGUGAUAAAAGACCAAGGGAUGAAGCAGUCGAAAUGGUCAAUGAUACCCCAAAGUUCAUGAUCACGGAUAAAACCCCACUACUACUCAUGGCUUGGUGGAACGAUAUGCAUGAGUUUAGGCGAACUGAGAUAUUCAAACGUCUUGGUUUCCUCACAGAUAUCAUGAGAUUUAGUCCUGACAGAGAUUUGAUCGAGGCUUUGAUCCCGUUUUGGGAUUCUACAAGCAAUGUGUUUCGCUUUAGCGAUUUUGAGUUGACGUAUACAUUAGAGGAGUUGGGUGGUUUCAUAGGGUUAGACAAAAAUCUCCGAAGCAAAACACUCAUAGCCCCAAGAAGCGUCAGCGGGAACAAAUUUUUAGAACAAAUGCACAUCAUCCAUCCUCAUAAGGAGUGUUUCGAUAAUGGGUUGGUUUCCUUGGAAUUUCUAUACUCAAGAUAUGGAAAGAAAGAAGGAUUUUCAUACUACGGGAAGCAACUUAAAAAUGGGUAA